CCGCGGGGCAGGAGCGGGAGCGGUUCUGCCGAACGCGGAACUCUGGAUUUCCUAACGCGCAGAAGAAUCAGCAGUUUUGAGGAACAGCAGUGUAGGAGAGAGGGUGGCAGGCAUCCGCCCCAAAAUCCAAGGAAAAGCCCCGAAUCCUGCCGGGUGUGUGGGUGCAGAGCGUGCCCUGCACACCCUGCAAGGUGCUCCAAGUUUCCGAGUUUCCUCGCAGUUGCCACAGGGUCGUCAUUCACCAGGAGGGCUCCUGCCUCCUCCUUUAGAGUUCACAGGCACAAAUCAGCAAAUGGUUAUGAGCCUUCGAGUGUCGGAGCUGCAGGUGCUGCUGGGCUACGCGGGCAGGAACAAGCACGGCCGCAAACACGAACUGCUGACCAAAGCCCUGCACCUGCUCAAGGCCGGCUGCAGCCCCGCCGUGCAGAUGAAAAUCAAAGAACUCUAUAGGAGGAGGUUCCCCCAGAAAAUCAUGACCCCGGCAGACCUGUCCAUCCCCAGCGUGCACUCGAGCUCCAUGCCGGCCACGCUGUCGCCAUCCACCAUUCCACAGCUGGGCUACGACGGCCACCCCGCCACGUCCCCCCUGCUCCCCGUGUCGCUCCUGGGACCCAAACACGAACUGGAACUGCCCCACCUCACCUCGGCCCUGCACCCCGUGCACCCCGACAUCAAGCUGCAGAAACUCCCUUUUUACGACCUGUUGGACGAGCUGAUCAAACCCACCAGCCUCGCCUCAGACAACAGCCAGAGAUUUCGGGAAACCUGCUUUGCCUUCGCGCUGACGCCGCAGCAAGUGCAGCAGAUCAGCAGCUCCAUGGAUAUUUCUGGGACCAAAUGCGACUUCACAGUACAGGUCCAGCUAAGGUUUUGUUUAUCAGAAACCAGUUGUCCACAAGAAGAUCACUUCCCACCCAAUCUGUGUGUGAAAGUAAAUGGGAAACCAUGCAGCCUUCCAGGCUACCUGCCACCAACCAAAAACGGCGUGGAACCAAAGCGCCCCAGCCGACCAAUCAACAUUACCUCACUCGUGCGCCUGUCCACCACGGUCCCCAACACCAUCGUCGUGUCCUGGACUGCAGAGAUCGGCAGAAACUAUUCCAUGGCAGUGUACCUGGUGAAGCAGCUCUCCUCCACGGUGCUCCUGCAGCGGUUGCGGGCCAAGGGAAUCCGGAACCCGGAUCACUCCCGAGCACUGAUUAAAGAGAAACUAACUGCUGAUCCAGACAGUGAAAUAGCAACAACCAGCUUAAGAGUGUCUCUGCUUUGUCCACUUGGCAAAAUGCGCCUCACCAUCCCCUGCAGGGCCCUGACCUGUUCCCACCUGCAGUGUUUUGAUGCCACUCUCUAUAUCCAAAUGAAUGAGAAAAAACCAACCUGGGUUUGCCCUGUGUGUGACAAGAAAGCUCCCUACGAGCAUCUCAUCAUUGAUGGGUUGUUCAUGGAAAUCCUGAAGUUCUGUACAGACUGUGAUGAAAUCCAGUUCAAGGAGGACGGAUCCUGGGCCCCCAUGAGAUCCAAGAAGGAGGUGCAGGAGGUGACAGCGUCUUACAACGGAGUCGAUGGGUGCAUCAGCUCCUCCCUGGAACACCAGGUGUCCUCUCACCAGCAGUCCAGCAAAAACAAGAAGGUGGAAGUGAUCGACCUGACCAUCGACAGCUCCUCCGACGAGGAGGAGGAGGAGCCCUCGGCCAAGAGGAGCUGCCCCUCCAUCUCUCCAGCAUCGCCCAUAAACAACAAGGGCAUUUUGAAUUUACCGCACCAAGCGUCGCCGGUGUCGCGGACCCCGAGCCUGCCUGCGGUGGACACGAGCUACAUCAACACAUCUCUGAUCCAGGACUACCGGCACCCCUUCCACAUGGCACCCAUGCCCUACGACCUGCAGGGUUUAGAUUUCUUCCCUUUCCUGUCAGGUGACAAUCAGCAUUACAACACCUCCCUCCUCGCCGCCGCCGCCGCCGCCGUGUCGGCCUCGGACGAUCAGGAACUUUUACACUCCCGCUUCUUCCCCUACACCUCGUCCCAGAUGUUCCUGGACCAGCUGAACGCCGGCGGCAGCAGCUCCCUGCCGGCCACCAACGGCAGCAGCAGCGGCAGCAACAGCAGCCUGGUCUCCUCCAACAGCCUGCGGGACAACCACGGCCACCCCGUGGCCAGCAGGAGCAGCACGGACACGGCCUCAAUCUUUGGUAUCAUACCAGACAUUAUCUCAUUGGACUGAUCCUUAUUUUUAUUUUAUUUUUUUUUUGGGGGGGGUGGUUGUUGUUAGGGUGGGACAGAGGAAAUCUUCGUGCUCGGUUUUCCUUUCUGUUCAAAAGAAAAAAAAAAAGAGUUAAGACAAGGUGGUUUUUUUUUUUCCUUUUUUUAAAAGGGGAAAAAAAAAUUUAUGUGUACAGAGAACAAACAAAAAAAAAGUCUAUUUUCAGUUUUACUUUUGUAUAUAAACCUAAGAUGGCCUCGCUGGUAAAAAUAAGAAAAAAAAAAGACAAAAGAGAAAAAAAAUUAAGAAAAACAAGGAGCUUCAGUUCAUUUUUAUGGAUGCUGAAGAUUUUACACCUGUGCAUUUGUCAUGUGAGUUUCUUUUCUUUUCUUUUUUCCCCUAUAGUUUGAACACCAAUGGCAUUAUUUUCUCCACAGCUAAAGCAGCAGGAGAGGAGCUGAACUUCUGAAGUUCAGGCUUGGGGAGAGGGUUUUUUCUCCUCUUGGAGACAUUUCCCUUUGCUGGUGGAAUCUAAUUCCCCCAUCCCACGUUUAGUGCAGAUUUUCUAAUGCUGGCAGCAGAGCAGACCCUGCAGCCCAGAGCCUUUCAGGAGUGGGGUUGGUUUUUUUGGGUUUUUUUGGCAUUUCUGGUUCCUUGUGCCCCUCUAUCCAGGCAAAUUCUCCGUUUGAAUUCUGUGCUUUAGUCAGGAGUGUUGCGGAUUCACCCAGGGAAGGACACGAAGCUGAGUGGGAGGUUUGGGCUGGAUUGCAGGGAAGAUUCUUCCUCCAGAGGCUGCGGGCACUGCCCGGGCUCCCCAGGGAAUGCUGACAUUCCCAGGGCUGCCAGAGCUCCAGGAAUGUUUGGACAAUGCUCCCAGGCAGGCACAGGGUGGGAUUUUGAGAUGCUCUGUGCCAGGACUUUGAUCCUUGUGGGUCCCUCCCAACUCAGAAUAUUCCACACUUUGGAAUUCAAUUAUUCCUGAGGGCCUGACUCCACCAGAUCCCACCUGAGAAUGACCUGUGGGACAGGAUAUUCCAUUUUUUACAGACUGGAGCCCCAAAUCCCCAUCAGAUCCCAGCUGAGGAGUGACCUGUGGGACAGGAUAUUCCAUUUUUUAUAGACUGGAGCCCCAAAUCACCAUCAGAUCCCAGCUGAGGAGUGACCUGUGGGACAGGAUGUUCCAUUUUUUAUAGACUGGAGCCCCAAAUCCCCAUCAGAUCCCAGCUGAGGAGUGACCUGUGGGACAGGAUAUUCCAUUUUUUGGGCAGUGGAGCCCCAAAUCCCCAUCAGAUCCCAGCUGAGGAGUGACCUGUGGGACAGGAUGUUCCAUUUUUGUGUAUGAGCCCCAAAUCCCCAUCAGAUCCCAGCUGAGGAGUGACCUGUGGGACAGCAUGUUCCAUUUUUUGGGCAGUGGAGCCCCAAAUCCCCAUCAGAUCCCAGCUGAGGAAUGGUUUGUGGCACAAGCUGUUCCAUUUUCAUGUCGUGGAGCCCCAGACCAAGGCACCACUUGGGCUGCAGGGUUUUGUUUCCCAGCCCUUCAAUCCCGUUGGGGUAACCUCAGCUCUCCCCACAAACUCCUGAGCAUGUGCCAGUGUUCCCUCGUGGAGCUGCUUGUGUUAGACUCGGCCUAAGAUCCGCCCUGGCAGCUCAGGCCUGCCUUGCCCGCUGGCAAAUCCCAUCUUAGUGCAGCAGCCGCAGUUCCUGCGCCCGGGGAAUCCCAGCGGAUCCAGCAGCCCCUGCAUGCCCCGUGCAGAGCUCCCGUGCUGUGCCCAGUGCCCACCCCGUGGAUAGCCCGAGAAUAUCCCGUGGAUAUCCCGUGAAUAUUCCAUUAAUAUCCCGUGAAUAUCCGUGAAUAUCCCAUGAAUAUCCCGUGAACAUCCCAUGAAUAUCCCGUGAACAUCCCCUGAAUAUCCCGUGAACAUCCCGUGAAUAUCCCAUGAAUAUCCCGUGAACAUCCCGUGAAUAUCCCAUGAAUAUCCCGUGAAUAUCCCGUGGAUAUCCCAUGAAUAUCCCGUGGAUAUCCCGGGAAUAUCCCAUGAAUAUCCCGUGGAUAUCCCGUGAAUAUCCCAUGAAUAUCCCAUGAACAUCCCGUGGAUAUCCCGUGAACAUCCCGUGAAUAUCCCGUGGAUAUCCCGUGAAUAUCCCGUGAAUAUCCCGUGAAUAUCCCAUGAAUAUCCCGUGUUCCAUGGCAGCCCCAGAGGCACCCCUAGAACCCACUCCUUGCUCCCCAUCCAGCUCUUUUAGGGGUAGUGGCUUCCAAAAUUCACUUUUCCCCUGGAAUUCUUCGGAUUUCCCGGAUUUUAUUUCAGCCGUAUCGAAUUCCUGGUUUCUUUUCUCAUUAUUAUUAUUUUUUCUCUUUAAGUUCUGCAUGACAUAGGAAAGUUUUCUUUUUUUUGGGUCAUUUGGGCUGAUCCGUUCUUCUUAAGGAGUGGAAUGUGUAAAUAGCUGGAAUGCAGAUUUUGUUUUUUCAGGAGAUUCUUUAAAAGUCAGAGAAAGGGGGAGGGAAGGAGGUGAUUCUCUUGUGUCCCAAAGUCCAUGUCAGAGAGAGUAAAUAUUUCCUCUGGUGUAAAAAAUAUUUUUAUAACUGGUUGAAAGUGCAGGUAAACGAGUUUAUCAGGAAAAAGAGAGUUAAGGAAUACUAAAA